AUGCUUCCACUGCCUGAUGUGCCCUUGUCCCAACCUCGUCAACUCCCUGCUGUAUGGUUGAGACCGUCGCCUGGUUCUUUCAAGAUCAAUUUCAACGCUGCGGUGACACAAUCAGGAAAGGCUGGGUUCGAUUUUAUAGCAUGUGACUGUCAUGGCGAGGUGCUUGCACCUGCUUGUUGCUUGUUUGGUCCGGUGCUCUCUCCUUCGGUGGCUGUAGCGCUUUGCUUUCGGUGGGCUCUUGGUUUGGCUAGGAACUUUUGCUUCCGCCGGGUGGUAUUUGAGAUAGAUUGCAUGGUGUUGUUUGAAGCUUGGAACCGUGAGGAUGACUUUUUUGUUUUAGAUUCUCUUGUAGUGGAUUGUCGUUCUUUGAUAUCGUGUUUUGAUGUUUUCAAUUUCCUUUUUGUUCGCCAAUCAGGAAAUUGUGUUGCUGAUGACUUAUCUAGUUUAUCUUUUAGUUUGGGCGAGGUUGUUUGGAUUGAGGAGGUUCCUCAUCAACUUAUUGGUGUUGUCCAGUCUAAUGUACUAGCCUCGGUGCCACCUGUUUCAUUUAAAAAAAAAAAACUAAGAUGGGUAUUAGUUAUGGGCUAA